ACAACAUAUAUAUGUCAAUCCAAGGUUUUAAGCCACAUCCUGAGGAAGAUGCGACAGUAUAUACAACAGAGUACUUGACAUCGACACAACUACAACUCCGUGUAUUGAACGAUUAAUGUGAUUACAAACCAUUUCAUCCAGACAGACGUGUAACUUAUGUAAGGGAUAUCGCUGGUUAAGACUAUUCAAUAGUAGUGGUGGUGUUAAGAGUGGUACAAGCCAUGGAUUUGUGCUCCCUGUUAUGUGCUAUUGGUGUGCUGGGAACACUGGCGUGUUGUUUAUGGUAUUGGAAAAAUAGCCCAGUAUACCUCCGGCCAGCCCCUAAAGAUGUGGUGGUGUUAUACCAGGUCGGAAGGGGCCCCAAAGCCCCUAGUUUUUCCCCCUUUCCAAUGAAGUUGGAAACCUUCCUACGGAUGAUGAAAAUACCCUACAUGAAUGACCAUACGGGCAGAUUCUCCGCCAAGCAAAAGACGCCGUGGAUGGCACUAAACGGUGUGGUGGUCGCUGAUUCCCAACUGUGCAUAGAGUACCUUAAGAAAAAAUUUGACCUUGACCCAGAUUCGCAUAUCACGGCGCAGGACAAGGCCAUUGGAAGGGCGUUCUUGAAACUGACGGAAGAGAAUCUUUACUGGACCAUGUGUAUAGAAACAUUCGGUCGCAAUUUCGAGGCGGUCAAGAAGGUCAUCCCGUAUUCGCCCUUGAAGAAGUUCUUCACCUUGACUUAUCUGAAGUUCAUUAUCGCCUUGGAGGUCUGGGGUCAUGGUAUAGGACGGCAUACGGAGGAGGAGGUCUGGGACAUUGCUGUUAGAGACAUGGAGGCCCUGUCCACAUUUCUGGGUUUGAAGCGGUUUUUGCUCGGCGACAGACCGAGCGAGGUGGACUGUGCGGUAUUCGGUAUGUUGUCGCAGAUAUACUGGCACAUGGACGGCUCGAGACACCAACUCUACAUGCAAGACAACUUACAGAACCUGGUCGAUUACAUUCAUCGGAUGAAAGACGAACUCUGGCCGGACUGGGACGCCGUAGUUAUUGGCGGAAGUCGAUAUUCCAAUGAUGACGGAAAACUGUAUUUUCCAGAAAAGGUCACAGAUAAAAGUGUAUCACAAUGACGUCACCAAUAGUUGCGUUAUCUUAUCUCUUGAGACAUCAGGUUUCUUCUGCGUCUGUACUUGUGGUGUUGCCUUGGAAUCCCCUCAAGGGAUGAAUGCCUACUUACUGCUGGAGUGUUUUGUCAAAUAACAAUACGAUGCUUGUUUGCAAAUUGACAGCAAUUUUCUGGAAUCAAAACGUUGCGGUCAAAGUUUGCCAUGUGCCAUUUGUGACUGUUUGACUAGAACCGUUUAAAAAAAAUCGAUAAAUUGACUUUAUGGCAUUGAAAAGCACAGGGGGUCGUUUCAUCGAAGAUCGUUCGACAAUCUUAACUUAGGACUAAAAUUUGAAAAGUAAAAUAUACAAGAAGUUGAUAAAUAUCCACGCAAAACAUAUUCCGACGGUAAGACACUGAUGAAACUAAUAAAUAUACUGGAAAUUAGUAAUAAUAUGCCUUGGUGUUUUACGUAAUCUUUCUUUAAAAUAUGUGUCGUAUUCUAAAUUUGUCGUACGAUGUUUGUUGAAACGGUCCACACUGAUAUUUCACCAGCCUACUUUUGAAACCCAUGUCCGAUAGGCAAUUCUACGAGAUCCGAUUGACAAUAAUGGUUACAGUCUAUACAUAUAAAUCUAAUUGCAUGUAUAUCUAAUAAAAAUAGUCCGUCAUAAGCCUGCACGCUUCACAUAUCCUCAUCCUUAGUCCUUUUCCGAAAAAGCAUGUACAAAUAAAUCAAGCAAACAGGUAAAUUGGCAUUAGCCAUUGUCCAUAGGUAGUCCGUAACCGCAAAACAAAAAAAACACUGGUGUGAAGUAUAUAGCGCAUUGCUAACGGAAGGUAAAGAGCUCUCUAGCGGAGGAUCAAGAACUUGUUCCCUUCUCUGAUACUGUUUGAUUACAUAGCUCUUUUAAUUUCACACGAUUCUUAUUAAAAUCUUCAAAGAUGUUUCAACGGAAUCUCAAACCGCUUUCAUACAUGCGCUUCAAUAAACGUGAAAACAUGUCGAAUGCAAUUCAGUGAGGAUGCGGACGACAUGUGUGCACUUUAUCAAAAGGAACGAUAUGUUUUCAACAUUAACAGGUUACAAUAACAAAAUGUCCAAGGCGUAUAUGCUUAUCGCACGUGACUAACGGUCUUUUAAGGUUCAUGUAAAGUCCCCAAAUGACCCCACAUAGAUGAAAUUUUAAAAUAUAAAAAUGAUCAGUAAUACCCAAAAUAAGUUAAUGAAAUUUACAUAUGGUUGCAAUAAUCACAUUUUUAUUCCAUAUAUGUAUACAAUUAAACAAAACACUCACAAAUGUUAGUAAUAAUGUAAUUAUUAGCAAAAAUAUUGCAAUUUAUUGCAAAUUCUCAAUUUCAUAAAAAAAACACAAAUGCACCAAAUAAAACACCAACAGUUUAUGCAAGUUAUAUGUUAGGUACUCCAAGCAUUGAAUUGCGUCAAUACAGCCCCACAAAGACACUAUGCGUAUUUCAAAAUGAACAUGUCAAUGCCAUGAGUCGCUAUUUAUAGAUUUUGGAAAAAUUCUAACUUUCCACGCGCAUAGCAUGCGAUCAAUAAGAGUUAUGAUCUUAUAAAAUAAAAUUAAUGAAAAUAUAUCAUUUUCAUAAUAUCUCCAUAACAAUGACACUUACUUGAAACGCACUAUUUGAAAAGAAUCUUGAUAUAAUUGACUCUCCUCCCGAUUUAAUUUCAUCGGUCGUCCAUCUUGGUCAGAAAUGUGUAAUGAUUCGUAUUUGCGAAUUUGUUAAAUAUUGCUUAUAUUAAAUAUUUACUUUAUAACAUAACUAGAAAUUACCUCAUAAACAAAUUAUACAAAUUUUAGAACAAACGGAUAGUGAGUAAUUUAUAAAUGAUCGAUUUUGAAACGAAAUAUUUUUCGAAUAUACUUCCGGCAAAUAAUGGCUACCUGAACAAGUAAACAUGACAAUACAAUAACAAAUGCAUUUUUUGAUCGAUGACAAGGUUUUUAUAGAAAUGUAAGUGUUCAGUUGGUUUAAUAUGUACGUGUGCCCAACAUUUGUAUAAUUCAUUUUUCCGAUCCCACAAAUAUUAUGCCUAGAUCGUUAAUUGAAAUAUUGUUAUGUCGACUUCCUUGAAACCGGAUGUUUUAUGCCCCACAUGUUUAACUAACGUGUAUGGAGUUCGAGAUGUGACAUAAACAUGUUGUAAUUUGUUUUAAGGUAGCCAAUUAGUCGUCGUUCCGAGUCCUAUAUAUUUCAAAUGAACAAUCAAAGUGUUUGCCUUUUGGUAAUAUAGUUUAUUUUUUGUAAUUGUGUCAUUUUGUGACUAUAAUGAGUACUGUAUUGCGAGUAAAUAAGUAAUUUUGAAAAUGAAGGUUCACUGGUAAGUCCACCAUACUUAAAGUAGUUCCCAAUUAUUGUGUUAACUUUUGACAUUUUUUUAUGUUUUUCUUUUGCAUAUUUUAGGAUUGUUGGUGUGUGUUGUGUGGACUUUUCAUUUGUAGUACCUAACAUUAAGUGUAUACAAUAUUUUGACCAAAGGAAUUUGUUCAAUUUAACUCCGUUUGUUAUUUUGAUAAUUUCAUGCAUGCGCUGGAUAUUUCUUUAAAAGCAACAUUUUGCAUCAUAUUUUUUUAUAAGCAUUUUCUUAUAUGUUCUACAAGUGUUUACAAUGCUAUUGACUUAUAAAUUGAAUUUAUUGCCAUAAUAUUUAUUGAAGUAUUCCUAUGUGAAGAAUACGCCUUUUUACACUUUACAUGAACCUUAAAUACACAGGUCGAGUACGUAUUUACGUCUCAUACUCACACGCACUAUAUUAAACUAAAACUGAUAUCACGAUCAUUCUUUUUACUUAAUUUAUGCCUAGCGUCUAAAAAAAGGGCCUUGGCAAACAGCGUAGACCCAGAUGAGACGCCGCAUGAUGCGGCAUCUCAUCAGGGUCUGCGCUGUUUGCUUUAAGGAAUUUCUGUAAGAAAUAUUCUAAAUAUAGAAAUAAAUAUAUCAGGCAUCACUAAUUUUGAAAAUAAAUUGAUCCAAUUAAGAAGGAUGGGAGAGUCCACUAAGCAUAAAUGGGUUAAUAUCCCGCGACGCGUUUAAGUGUGGCCGUAUUUCUUUUUUUUUAUAUUACGGUCACGGAUACAGUCGCGGAAAAGUGGAAAAUCGGGCAAACAUAUAUUGUAUUCAUGUUUUAUAUAUUAUGUAUAUAAAUUUGUUUUAUAUUGUUGUCGUUGAAAUGACGCUAAUGUGUAUCUUUUCAACAUGAAAUUGUAUUUUCUGUACAACGCACAUACUGUACUUAAGCGUUAUUAUCAUACUUACUAUCGUUGUGUACAUUGUAUGCCAUAUUGUAUCGGUUUUUCAAUAAAAGUUUAAGUAUUC